AUGAACAAGCUUAGAGAAACAUUUAAAGAAAAUAGAUUUGUUAUUCAUUUCAUUACAACAGUAGUUGUAGUAUUAAAUGCGAUGUUUUUAGUAUUUAAAAGAGUCUUCUUUUUACCUGUAUACGCACUACCAUCAACAUUCAAUAAUCUAUUACUAAUUCUUGGACACUCAAUAGCUCUUUAUACGAGAUAUUUAAACGGUGACGAGCAAUGGUUCACCAAUCCAACAGUAUUGUUAUUGUUAUUAUUGUUAGUAUUUCCACCAUCAGUAUUUUUAAUUCCCUUUUACAUUGCUGCUAUUCAUCAGAUAGCUUUGUUCAUAGAUAAAAGUAUUGAGGCCGAUAAAGUACCUACUAUUGUUAAGAAUACUGCUGUAUAUGUAAGAGAUAAUUUUGUUACAUUAUUACGCUUAAUGUUUUUCUUUGAGAUUUUAAAUGUAUUCAUGGCAUUCUGUUUGCUAUUCAAAUCAACUAAAAAAGGUUUUAAAUUAUUGAUUUUGACAGGUGCUAUCCUCAUUCAGCAGUACAGAGGAUAUUCGGAACUUAAAGGGUUUAUUAACAAUGCAGUUACUGUAUUAAAGAGAAAGUUUGAACAUGUGAAGAAAUCAUCACCUGUAUUUGAAGGUAAGCUUCACGUGAGAAAUAACAAAGCUAAACUUUUAGGAUCACCUGAAUCUAAAUAA